UGCAGAUACUCUUGCCUGCGCAGAUGGAUUGACGCCCCUGGCCAUCUUAGUGACCGCUGAAUCUGACUCUGCGUCAUAUCAAAAUAUGUUAUCACGACGUGCCGCAACUGCUACAUCACGAAUCGAGUCGCAACCUUGCCCGAUGUGCCAGAAGCCUUGACCUCUCUACGAACCUGUCAACCUGCCCGGCCCGCGCCAUGGGGAAGUCCAGUUCGGGCCGUCAUCGAAGCGGUUCAGAAACAUCGUCCAGGCCCCUGCGGCGUGCUAGUGAUGAGAACUGCUCUUCGAAGAGUCGCCAUGGUACAGAUUCAAUGUCGACGUCCUCGCGCCGCAAGUCCAGUCGGCGCGACACCUACAACGACAACGAUGUGUCCGGACAAACACCACGGUCAGCGACCGCCGAUUUUGCUCCUACCCUCACAGCCGAGCCAUCAGAGAUCUCCGGCACGUACUAUACCGCACGCAAUGGUGAUGAGAAAAGUCACAGUUCUCGAUCAGAGACGGUCCGCAAGAGUGAUAGGAAUUCGCGACACAGUGCGCAAGGCGAUAAUACAAGCACAAGUAGGAAAGAUAGUGAGAAAAGCCGUCGACACUCGCGGAAAUCCAGCCAGACAGAUAGAAUGAACAGCGCACGCGCAUACAAGGGCAACGAUGCUUCGCUGCCCCGGAAUCAGUUUCCAGGGGAGUCUCCCGCAGCCUAUUCACAGCCAUACCGCCCUUCUGGCCUCGCUUCUGAUUACUACGGCGACAACGGAGAGUCUGUUGCCUUUCAACCCGGCGUUCGGCCAAAUCAACCCAGUAUUGUGACCAGUGCAGAACAUGCACAUCUCAUGGAACCGUCCAUCGAAGCAAAACCGCCGCCGGAACCAAGCAGCCUGGGCCAGACCGGCGCAGCUGCCAGCUAUUUUGGCGCAGGCGUUUUGGAUAGCGCCUCUGGAAUGCCACCAACCCCUUCCAAGCCACCUCGAAACCCAAGUUUGAGGCCCAACAAACAACCAAAGCACAGCCAGACUGGCACGAGCCCAAGAACGAGUCCCGAUCCUCAUGGCCCUCAUUUCGUAACGGGAGCGGUGUCGAUGGGUGCCGCUGCGGACUACUACUCUGGCGCAAGUGGAGGAGUGAAUGCGGGCCAUGGAUAUCAAACACCGUCUCGCCCGUCCGCACAAGCGGCCUCGGCUUCAUUUUCGGCACCAGCUGACUUCGGAGGUCUUCAGCAGCAUUCUAAUACGGCAUUAUAUGGUGGUGCAGCUCUUGCUGGGGCCGCCGCUGGGACCUAUAUUUCUUCUCAUGCUCACGACGGGGGAUGGUCUAGCCAGCACCAUGCUUCGGCCAUGGACGACCCACAAGUUUCCGUACAUGGACGGCCGACCUCUCAUUUUGCUCCGACACAGCAUGUGCACCGCCACAAGCGUCGAGGUCCUCUCGGGAAAUUUGUCGACUGGUUCCGAGACCCGGAUGCUGUUGCGGAAUACGAGCAGUAUACCGAAGCUAUUGGUGUCUGUAAAUACUGCUUUGAUCCUAUGAGCUCUCCGGCGGACGCCCCCCGCAGACAUCACUUUCAAGCAAAGAGGCGGUCAUCGGGAAGCCGGUACGGAAGCACCACUCGUGUUGACAAGACUUAUAGGUACUCUUCAGACGAGGACAAGCGGAGACGGUCAGCCGCAAGGAAGACUGUUAUUGGCGGACUUACUGGAUACGGAGCUGCAAAGAUUGGUGAAGCACUGUACAAGAGCAAAUAUGACUUCGAUGACACCUACUCUGUCAAGUCAGGCCAACCGGCAAAUCAAAGUCGAGUCACUUUCCAAGACGGGGGACCUUCCUAUGAGCGCAGAUCACGAAGAUAUCCAUCCUCAGAGGAUGUCCGUUUACAAGGCAGGGAUACGAGUCGAAGAACGACGAAUGGUAAUGGGCGCACCGGGAAGGGAAACAUUCGUCGACGCGAUUCUAGCUCCUCAUCAUCUCCACGUGGCAUCGCCAGGGGUGCCGCCAUCAGUACUGCUGCUGGUGCCGCCGGGCUAGCCAUGGGAACCUCUGCCGUCAACGACAUAUCGAGAAGCCGUCGGAGCGGUUCGCCAAGACCUCAGAAGAAAUACUACUCGAGACGAGUUUCCCCGAUGCAUUCAUAUGUCGACCUAUCGGCGACAAAUGAGGAAUCUGGUGGUUUGGUCGGGUUCUUCACCAGUCCUUCUGCAAACAAGAAAAAGGGCCGAGAAGCGAAAGGCUUCUUCAACUUUGGCAAUGCAUCAAGUUCUUCAUCGGAUGCAGACCUUGCCUUCGGUGCAGCUACCGUGCGCCGGAAGGCUUCCAAAAAACGCAUGAAAGAGACUCAUGGUAAACAAGGCCGGCAUGAUUCCAGUGGCGGUAUUAUGGGUCUCCUGGCUACGGGCGAGGCUUUAGCUGCCGAAAGCGUUCGCCGAGGAAAGAGAGGUAAAAAAUUGGAUGACGCUGACGAAAUGACAGGGCGAUAUAGCUCGCGGACUAAUCGGCAGCAUUACUCGACGAAUGACCAUCACGACUCAGCAGAAGGACAUGAUGAGGAAUGGUACGAUACCGAUGACAAUGAUAGCCAAAGUUCUUCGAGUGUGGACACUGCUCUAGCAUACGGGGGAGGAAUCUCAGCACUCCAGAGUCGAGAGUCACUUGUGCAGGAUAGACGAACAUCAACGCCGAUGUAUGAAAGGAGAUCCCACGAUCGUUUCGGCACAAAAGACGAACGAAGAUCGAGUUAUGGUGAUAGCUCGAGACGUUCAGACGCCCUUGGAUCUUCAACUUUCCAGACUGGCGCCGCAGCAGCAGCAGCAGCGGUAGGCGCGGUUGGCGCAUUGGCGGCUUCAAAUGCUACUCCAUUCGGCAGGCCGCCAUCGUCUCUUCACGGAGACCUCCCUCCCAUGCGUGAAGUAGAACCACGGCCGAUCUCUGAUUAUGAUUUCAAUGUAUCAAGGAAUGGAUCUCAUCGGAAUGAGGCUGGCGAAACACACGGUGUGGCUCAACCCAGAAAGAUUUCGGCUACCUCCGUGCCAUUACAGCAACCGCAGCCAAUAGUCCCUGUUGCACCAUUCUUCCAAGGAACUGCGCUUGGUAUGACACGCCAAGAAGAAGGUCGACCUUCAUUCGAUGCCCCUCUGUCAGAGGGCGACCAGAGGAGCUCUCGGCAAACGGCGAUGGACUACAGCGGCGAUGUGAGGCGCACAAGGAGAGACUCAAGUCCCGCGAAGUUGAGCUCACAGAAUCAGAAGAACAACGUCAGUUUCAGCCUGACUGAAGACCAGUUGGACAACGAAAAAAGUGCUGCGGAGACUGGUUUCAAACGCAAAAGUCGACGCUCUGACAAAGAUCGGCGCAGGUCUUCCGAGAGCGUUUCCACGAAAAGCAAGUUGGUUGACGGACCUGAAAAUCUGCGGAAUGGAGCAGAAGUGGAUAAUGGACGUUCAGCUGAGGCGAGACGCACCUCGCUGGACUCGUCGGACGAACGAGUUGCGGAGAUCGAGCGCGAGCUGAAGCGUCUUUAUGCGGAACAACGACAGUCUGAAGAACGCGACAGGAAGCAGAAAGACGAACUUUCGGGUCAGAUUAUUGCUACCGCAGCGGCCGCCGCCACGGCUGCCGUUGUUGCGAAGAGCAAAAGAAGCAGCACCCCUGAGGAAGACAGUACACCACGCCUGAGAUCAAGUCUGAAGAAGAUGAAAGAAAGGAAAGUUUCUCCACCGGCAGAGUCGCAGCAAGAGAGGAUUGCAAGAAUGGCUGCUCAGCGGGUCGGGUCAAGCUCCUCACCCGUCUAUGAGGACUAUGGCACAUUUUUCGUCCCGAAAGAACUCCAGGAGCAUCUCAAGGAACAUAAUGCUCAAGCCGAGCAUCGAGACGACAUUGGGGCAAACGUGGUCGAAAUUAUCCCAGGGGCAGCAAGGUCAAGGCCGCAGCAUCCUUUCGACCCUUUCACUUAUCGGCCUUUUGGCUUGGAAUUGGAAGAUGAUCCGACCUUGCACCCUUGGGCUGUUCCUAUGCUUGAGCUCGUUGAACCAACGCCCCCUGGCAGUCAGGCGCAUAGCGUCCAGGGAGAUACAAGUCCUAUGAUUGCCCCCAAACCCACAGACGCAUCUGUGGAUGAAGCCAAAGAUAUGGGUGAGCCUCUUGAGCGGAAAGCCAGUGCAGGGUCGAAGGUGACUUGGGGCGAUCAUGAUACCUAUGUGUAUGAAGUGCAGACACCGGAAUACGAACGCGCCAACUACAUGCCUGAAGCAGAACUUGGAGAGGCUACUCAUUCGAAGACCCAAUCUUCAGAUGACUACAAAGACGACGCUACACAGCAUGCUCGUCCCGUCGUCCACCGUGUGUGGACCUUGGAUGAAGUAGAUGCUGAAAAGUUGGAAAAGGAAGUGCCUGUUGUUGACGAUAGGCCUCAAAUGAGCCGUGCUUGGACUGUUGACGACACUGAAGCUGAUCAGCUCGAACACGAGAUCCCGUCUGCCGUGCCAACUGGCACAAGACGGAAGUCACCGUCUACAGUCCUUGAAGAGCCGCCACCCAUGCCUCAUGACUUAGCCACAGUCGAUAGCCGGGAACAAUCUCGAGCGGUCUAUCAGAGCCCAUUCGCCGAAACUGUAAGCGACCUUGCUGUACACCCUGAGAUGGAUGACCAUACCCGAAAUACAUCCAGGUCUGCCUUGCGUGCGAAAGGCGAGGACAUGAAAGAUGACGAGGGCUUGCUCGAUGGUGAGACUUUCGGGUCGUCGCCAGCUGUGAGAGUGAGUAAAAGUCAGAGACGUCGGCUAGAGCGCGCAAGCUCUUCAAGCGAAGGGGCCAAGGCUUCUGGAGACUUUUCUGCACCCGAAGCACUCCCAUCUGAAGGUGAGAUUGCCUCUACGCAGCAGAUACCUGAAGACGACAGUGUGUUCGACUAUAUGGUAGACAGCAAGGGAGACUCCGUGCCUUCUGCGUCCAUGUUGGGCAUGGGCGCAGCUGCGAUCCUGCCCUCUGAACCACUUGCGAGAGACAAGGGUCAGGACGAUGCGUCUGUGCCGAUGGCUGCGGAGGCUGAUGUUGGCUCCGUGAGUAAGUCGAGAAGAUCCACGACCUUUGAUGAAUCAGUGAGUCCGAUGUCUGCCUCCACAGCACACUGUAAGUCAGAUCCGGAAGAGUGGGAACGCCCGAGAGGCGCCAAGGAAUCGAAGCGGAGCUCCAAGAGUGAUAUAGGCUCUGAAGACAGAAAGCUGGUCGGAUUCGAUAGGCAAGCUUCGAUGCGAGAUCCAGAUAUUGAAGGACCUCAUCGCUCUCGCACAGGGGACGACAUUUCCGAUCUACAAGAUGUCUCCGAAGAUAAGAAGUCCAAACGCAAAUCGAAACGCAAAAGUGCGAGUUUCGACGAGGCCAAAGAUGAUGGAGCUUCGAAGUCAAGGAUGGAAGAUGAAGAAGCCAAACCUCGAAGACACAGAGAACGAGACUCAGGAUUGUUUGAUGAUGAUGAGCUGCGUUCCAGUGUCAGCAGUCCGGUCGGUUCUGAGAAGAAAAGCGACAAAAAGUCUAGCGGUUUCUUCGGCAGCAUUUUCUCCAGCAAUAAAAGCGAUGUCAGCACGUCGAGCAAAAAGAGCUCAAAGUCGUCCAAGGCUGAUGGGCAAACAGAACAGGAACGCGACGAUCGACGUGGGUCGAGGCGGAGACGUUCUACGAAAGGUAGGGACCUCGACGAUGCAGCAUCGAUCGCUUCCGAGACUAGCAGGAAGAGUCGUCGUAACUCCGUGUCUCGCAACGAUGAUCAGCCUCUGAAUUCGAGAGAUCAAAGCAUUGAUGACGGAUUCGUCUCCGCGGAAGAUAGGGCUGAAGACGAAGAGAAUUUUUUAGGGAAACGCCCCGAAAUGCCACCACCAACGGUCAUGGGUAUGCCAAUGGUAAUUGAUGGUGUCUCGGGGCCUGCUCUCGAGAACAGAACAUCAGACGAGCCAAUAAUUGACGUGGGCGAGCAUAUUGAGUCUGAAACAAGAUCCGGACUUGAAGCCACCAUGAAAAGCGGCCCCUUGGAAAACCGAAGUCAUAAAAUACCUCCGCCCGCGGCUGAGAAGGGUAAUACUGUGCCAGCAGAGUCCGUUGGAAUUGUGGAAGCCGAAGCAGAAUCAGUCCAAAAAGCAACUCAACCAGUGACGCCGCGAUUUGCUUCUUCACAGCGUCUGUCGGCAGUCCGAACGAGUGACCUUCCCUCAAGUCCGACCAAUAACAGCUCACCAACAGCUGUGCCUUUGCAUUUUCGACGUCCACCGGCUUCACCCACCGAUGCACGCUUUUCUAUGAGCUCACCGAUAGCUUCCCCUAGUUCUCCUCUCACGACGCCGCGAACCCGGCAGGGACGACCAAAGUCGACGGAGUUCCGUUCCAGUAAGGAAUUCCGGCCUCUAUAUCUCGUCGAGGUACAGAAUGCGAGAAUCGCAACUCCUGAAGCAACCGAGAACUAUCCAUCGUUGCCUUCCAGUAGGACAAGUUCAGCAAAUGCUUCAACGGAAGAUCUCAGAGCUGGAGCCCAAGCUCAAGAGCCUGAGUAUAUCAUCCCUUCUCGCCUUAGCGCUCAGAUGUUUCGAGAACGCGGUAGGAGGCACAGUUACUCAUACUGGCACGAUGAACAAAGGCGAGAAUCCCCAGAUUACUUGGAUUCCAGGUCUGCCACUCCUGUCCCAAGCGAAGCGCAACGAGCACGAGAAUCCGGAAAGAAACCCAAGCCGACGUAUGAGUUUCACUCGCCAAGUGAGCUGCUCCAAGACCCUGAUCAGUAUCGAGACAUUGCUGUUCUCGAUGAAGGUGAGAAGCCAGCUAGUCCUCUACCCAGCGUGAUUAGCACAGAUGCAGAUCAGGACUAUAUGAGUGCUCGAAGCAGAAGUUUGUCCCCAACACGAGCUCGAAGUCUCAGCCGUGGAAGAAGCAAGUCAACAUCCCGAUCCACCUCUGCUGCCUGGCAAGAUGCUCUGACCACUACAGUUGCUGGUGUGAUUGCUGGAUCCGUGCUAGGCAUUGCUGCCGACGAAGUCUUGCAGAAACCUGAAGAUUUCUCGCAAAGCACUGAUGAUCACCCAAUGGCACACAACGCCGAGCCCGCUACAAGCGAAAACUCCAAGCCUCCAGGAGGACAAUUGCAAGAAGACAAGCGCACAGCAGGAGAAGAUGGUGCAGCGGCACAUUUGCCUCCGCGAGACUUAUCGAUUGCUUCCAGCACAUCCCCGGAGGACAUUCCUCCCACGCCGAUUGAAACAGGAGAACGAGCUAAGCUGGUCAUAGGGAAUGAGAACUUAGCCGCGCUGAUCGAUCAACCAUCAGAAGCUCAAGUCCUUGAGACAGAUCAGUCAUCUGCAAUGGUGAAAACGAAAAAGCCCAAGAAAGCCAAGAAAACUAAACGCAGUUCGUUUAGCGUCGAUGAAGUGACGCCGGGAAUGCCUCCGGAUGAUAGGGCAGCUGCUAGCGUUGAAGAAGCCCCAGGCUCUGAGGUAUUGCCCAAUGACGAAUCACCCGCAAUCGAUCAACCUCUACUAUUUGAUGUCAAGCCUGAUGCAACCGCCGUGGACUGCUCGAAUCUAGACAGUGAGAAGUCUGCAGAUGUCGACAAGCUGCAAGCGGCUGCCACUACAGACGCAGUAGCGUGGUCUAAAGCAGUGCCAACAGAGCGAGUCGGAGGAGACGGCGGGUUGGCGAGUUCUCCGGCUUCGGGACACGUCGAUAAUGGUCCACCGACUGAAGUCUUUCUCGGGCGACCAGCUGAAACUACCGGCGAGCAUGUCGUUGACGAAGAAGUCACACCGGUGAAUGAAUUAUUUCAGACACCGCAGACCGAUGCGACGCUUGAACGACCAGAGUUGAGUCCGUUUGAGCAAGCUUUCGAAGCGGCGGUCAACGUAAGAGGCUUGAGCGAAGGCGCAACGGUUGAAGACGCCGUCCAAGCUUUCCAACCCGAGUUCAGUGAACAGCAGGAGCUUAGCGGAACUCCUUUGGCAACGAUCGAAGAAGUGAGUGAAAUGUCGACACCAGCAGUAGCAAUACCGUCAAACAAUGCUCAGCUUGGACGCAAACCGUCCAAGAAGGAGAAGCGUCAUGCGAAAAAAUCUUCGAAAAAGUCCUCCGACUACGAUGACUGGCCCGCAGAGGGCUCUGUCCAGCAGAUGGAAAUUCCCCAAAGCCAGCAGAAAGAAGUCGUGCCAAUGGAGCGAGCUGGCCUUGACAUGGAACAUCCAGCAAUCAAGCCUCGAAGCAGCGAAGAGCCGCCAACUCCUUCAGGAGUUGAUUUCGAGAUACAACGGGAUAGCCUCGACAGUCCCAACAUGGAAACGCCGAUGGAGACUCACAUCAUCGAGCUCGCAAGGAGUACAGGGCAACAAGAAGAGAUCCUCAAAUCCGCGACUGCCGCUGCUCCAGCGGAACAAUCAAGCGGAGGCGAAUGGCUCAUUGAAUCCAAGAAAGGCAAGAAAGCAAAGAAGGACAAGAAAAGCAAGAAGAAGCAAGCCUUUAGCUGGGACGAUGAGCCAAGUGGCGAAUUGCCUGUUGAUGAGUUUCAGCCUGUCCAGGAUCCGAUCAAUGCUGAUUCUCAGCCAAACGUUACGGCAGCCAAACAUGAUGCACCGACGGACGCGGCCAUGGACAAGCUGGCUGACAAGACCAUCGUUUCUUCCCUCGAGACCUCUACUAAGCAGGAACCCCAUGUGUCAGACAGCGCACAGGAUAGUUCAGACGUCAUUUGGGGAAUGAGCACGAAGAAAGGCAAGAAGAAGUCGAAGAGGAAGAGUCUUGCUUGGGCUGAUGAAGAAGCGGAUUUGGUGUCUUCGAAAGAGCUACAGAUGGUGGUCCCUCUAGAAAGCCCCGAGGCCGCACGAACUGCACCAGCGGUGGACUAUCCGAUGGAUAAAGGUACUGUCUUCGAAGCAUCGAAGGUCGAAGAACCUGCCGCUCUCGACGCAGAGAAGCUUCAAGAUGUCUCCGACGUUCCCGAGCAAGUAUCCCCUCCCACCACCUUGGAGGAGACGUCAGCCCUUCCGGAGGAAGCCUCGAGUGAACACGCGCCAGUCGACGAAGCGGUUCAGAAGUGUUCAAAUGAGUACCAGGAUGAGGCAGGCUGGGGCUUCACGUCGAAGAAGGAUAAGAAGAAACGUGCAUCCGCAAUUGCGGCGGCGGUUGGAACAGCUGGGACUUUACUGGCUGCCGACAGCCUCGACAGAGACGCUUCUUCGUCCGAGGUAGUGGAAGAACGUGCCGAUGCCAACCGGACUGUUGAAGGUGAAAACGAAAAAGAAGUCCAGGCAGAAUCGUCAGCAGGAACUGCAACUUAUGAAGCGACAGAACAUGACGUUGUCGACGGGGCUACACUAGCACCGGUUUCCACGACCGUCCAUGACAACAUCGUAGAAAGGAUCAGUCCAGGGCACCUUGAGACUGUCUCUGCCACAGAAGACAUGCUUUCUAGCGUUUCAAAUGCCCCCGAGGCUUCAACGACUGCGCCUUUGGCAAUUGAGGCAGUGGUUUCGGAAGACAAUACGGAUGCCGGUGCGGAAGGCAGAAUCGUCUCGCCGCCGGUUUCAUCUCUAUCCAGAGAGGCCGAAGAAGAACUUCUCCCGAUUAAAACCACGAAGUCAAAGAAGGACAAAAAGGGCAAGAAGAAGCGGUUGACUCUUGAUGACGAUUUCGAAGCAGAGCAACAAGACAGGGCCAGAGAGAAGACAACAGAAACGGCGGAGGCGCCUUCGACAUCGAAUUUGACUGCGACUACCCUUCCUGAAGAACAAAGCUUAGCCGAAAAUCCAAUGCAGCCUGAGACUAUCUCGAGAACGCAACAACAAGGUGGUCAAGAACCGGAUGCGGACGCCGAGUCUCCCAUGCUCGUGACAAAGAAGUCGAAAAAGGAGAAACGGAAAAAGCGUCAAUCCGCCCUCGACUGGGAGUCUGUCGAGGCUGCUACAUUAUCCAGUGCCAUCGAAGAUGCGGGCGGAGGGUUGACUGUCACCUCAGAAGAUGUCGACAGCAAAGCUGAAUACCCAGUUCAAGAGCACCAAGAACCUUACGUUGACAUUCGUUCUUCCGAAGGAGUGAGCAAUGGCGAAAGCCAGAAAUCAUUCGCAGACUCCGCUAAUGCUGCCAUUCAAGAGUUGGCGGCCCAUGUUUCCAGUGCUACUGAGCCUCUCGCUGUGUCCACACUUGCUGAGCACUCUGCCAUUGGACAGGCACCGCCCGAAGCUUCCGAAUGUACUCCUUCUGAUAAACCUAAUGAGAAGUCCAUUCCGGAUCCAUCAACAGAGACUGCCAUCCCGGAGCUGGCUCGAACUGAGGCCAGCGGUGGCACAAGUUUGGCUGCCGAGAGCCUCCUUCCUGGUAUUGCUGCAAAGGGAAUACCUACCCCGGUUGCCCCAGGGAGCCUUGAACCCUCAUACGAGGCUUGGGACUUCCCUUCGAAGAAGUCUAAGAAAGACAAAAAGAGCAAACGCCAAUCAGCCUUGCGCUCCGCACCAAGUGAAUCCAGUGAUCUGCCACUAAAUGACCAGAACGCGGAGGAGAGCCCGGACAAGUGGUCUAACCAGAUCGAACAAAAUUCGAAAGGAGAAAUCGAGCAAUCGACCGACAUUGUACCGCCUGACGCCGAAGCCCAAGCCGUUCCUGACGAAGAGUGGAGCCUGACACCUAAGAAAGGAAAGAAAGAAAAGAAGAAAAAGCGUCAAUCGACGCUAGAGAUGACUCCCCUCGAAGUUGAGACUCCACUGCUUCUUGCCGAAGACACCACAACAGGCGACAAAGCGAUUGCAUCUGGAGAGGCAUUUGGAACAGCCGAACCUCUGCGCCCUGACGAACGGACAGCUGCAGGAGAUGACGGUGGUAUUGAGGGAGUUGCGCAGUCGAUCCAUGCUGAUGAAGAGAACGACAUGUGGGCUUUCACAACCAAGAAAUCAAAGAAGGACAAGAAGGGCAAGCGCAAGUCGGGCCUUACCAUAACGCCUCCAGAUGUAGAAGAGGAAACAGUCGACUCACAGCACGACCGAGCCGUCCAGACUGCGGAAAAUGAAUUGAGCACAGGCGAGCCUCAAGAAGAAUCGAGCCAGGUAACAGGCUUUGGAGCCCCAGAAGAAUCCGAUGACACAUGGGCCAUCACCACUAAAAAGUCGAAGGACAAGAAGAAAAAGCGCAAAUCGAGAUUGGACGAAGUCGACACGGUGCCAGUCAAAGAGCAACAUCUAGGAGGCGAAGCUGACAAAGAAGCUGGCACCGAGCAAGCGGAAGAGCCUGUUCAAGAUGAGCCUUCGAUACUUCCUGAAGCCUGGACAACAACAACACCUGCGGAAGAGUUACCGGCUUCUGAAGCGCCGGUUCUCGUUGACGAAGCAGUACCUCGUGAAGAUUCCAUGCCUGCUGAAGGGCUAGUGUCUCACGCAGUCGCCGAUGUGGAUACUCCAGAGGACAAAGGAGCAAGGUUGCAGACACGAAUGGAAGAAGCCUUUCCAACUGCGAACACGGACAAACACGCCACUGACGAUCCAGCGUCAUUGGAAUAUCAUGAGUCCGUCCGGGCCACUUUCCCUCCACUCCAUGACACAAGUGAGACCGUUCAGCAGAACGUUACAGUCCCAUCGAGCGACCAUGACCUAAGCGACAAGCCCGCUGAAACUUCUGUGGAGCAACAAAACGUUGGCCUUCCUCAAGAAGAUCAAGGUGCUGAUGUCGAGGAGUGGGCCACGCCGGUAAAGAAAUCGAAAAAGGACAAAAAGAAGAACCGUGAAACCUCCUUCGACGAUGUGCCGACCGAGCCUUUGCAAGCUGCCGAAUUGAGCCACGAACUUCCAAAAUCAUUGGACCAGCCACUGGAUACAGAUAAGCUCAAUCAACCACUUCAGACAGUUGAACCGGGCCAAAAUGGUGAUCAAAGCGAAGCAGCCCCUGAGGAAGAAUGGGGCCUUUCUAAGAAGUCUAAGAAAGAGAAAAAGAAAAAGAAGCGCCAGUCCACAUUCGAUGACGCUUUCGCCGGAGAAGCAACUAUCGCGGAAACAGAGCCUGCAUCAAACCAACAUGCGCCGAUCGCCCCGAAUGAAGACUAUGCCAACAGCGCAAUUCCUCCUGCGAUGCGCACAGAGACAAGCGACCUUAUUCCCGAGCCGACGAUUGACGACGAAUGGAGCCUCAGUAAACCUUCAAAGAAGGGCAAAAAGAAGAAGCGUCAAUCGGCCUUUGAUGACAGCCUGCCGGAAGGAGAAGCCUCCCCUCUAGAGCCAGCGCCAGAGCCAGGUCAGAACCUCCCUGCAGGUCAACCUGAGUCGCUUGACACGCUUGAUGUUGCCCCGACUGUCGUGGCGAAGUUAUUCUCGCAACGUCUUUCUGAACCCGGCAAUGAAGACGAUUGGGGCAUGAGCAAGGCUUCCAAGAAGGACAAAUCGAAGAAGGGCCGACAAGAGGAUGUUGAGGAAACCAGUGGUAUCAGGCGUGAGCAGGUUGAAUCACCUACUGCUGCAAACGUACCAAAAGAACGCGAGAUCUCCGAACACGUCUGGCCAACUCAACCUACCCCAGCGGACGAUGCGUUCUCCGCAGGCAAGGAGGGAGAAACCACCGCAAGCUCGCGUUUGGCCGUUGCCGAUAUCGAGAACACUCCCAAUGCGGUUGCAUCUACCGAGCACGAACGGUCAGUUGGAGACGUGGAUCCCACUUCGGUUCGUCUGCUCAACGACAAUCCCUUCCCGACGCUUGAUCAUGACAAGACUGGCGACAGACAAGAGCAGAAGGUUUUGGCCAGCGACGAUGCUGCAGGAAGCCAUAGUCUCGGCACUCCUGAAGAAACCAUCCCGACCCCAAAUCCUUCCGUAGAGGUGGCGGACAUCCAACAACCUACGCAAGCCUUUGAGGUUGCAGAACCUCGGGAACAGCAAGCAGAUAUUAAGGCUUCAGAAGCACCAAUUCCAGCAGGACAGCCGGGAGCCGCUGACGAGCUGUUCGAGCAGGAAUGGAGUUUCUCAACUAAGAAGUCAAGAAAAGACAAAAAGAAAAAGCGUCCAUUGACACUCGAUGUCGACGAACUUCGCGAGCGACCGCAAGAAGAAUCCAUUGAGCCUGACACGGUAACCGAACAUCGAGAACUUGGCGCAACGGCAGCGGAGCCUACCCCUGGCCCAGCAGCUAGUGACUCGGCCAAGAUACCUACACCUGUGGCUGGUGUCGAAGAUGAAUGGAGUCGCCCGGCCAGAAAAUCGAAGAAGGAUCGAAAGAAGCAGAGACAGUCGACCAUGCAGCACGCUUGGGAGGAACAGGAGCCACAAGAAACAGUCACGAGCACGGUCAUGGGACGAGGAAUGAGCACCGAUCACUUCGAGGCUGCCCAAGGUGGAGAUGGCCAGGAGGCGCUUGUCACACAACUUGGAUCAGAUAAUGAGUCUGUACCUCGAUCUGCCCAGGACAACACGCACGAAGUGCCGGAGCAGAAGCUUGUUAGCACAAAUCUUGAUACUCAGCCAGAGACACGAGCGGUUGGAGACUUUGGCUCAAGGCAGGAAUCAAGUUUCGACAGCGAGAAUGGGGCACCCGAGGAGAAGGCUGCCGAAGCCCCGAGAGAAGAUGCUGCUGCUGCUGAAUCAGAGCGGAACAACUGGUCAGGAGAGUCCAACAGAGAGGACAAGGACAACAGGCUAAUUGUCCAAGACGAGAGCAUCCCAGAGAAACCAGAGGCCACUAAUCUGUUCUCAAAAACAAUGAGAUCUGGAGGUGCGAUGGAUACAGUGCUGCCGACAGGUCCCGAGUCCAGCCUUACACCAGCUGGAUCAACCGGACCCGACAUCGCGCCCGAGGAUGACUGGGGGUUUUCAACUAAAAAGUCCAAGAAAAAGUCCAAGAAGAACAGAGCUUCGUUAGCGGACACUGGCCCAGAGAUGCCAGAAGCUGAGGCAACCAAGCCGGUUCAGCAGAUGGACAACGACACUCUUGUCGCGCGCGCUGCAUCCCCGGAACCAAUGGAACGCGUUGAAACCGAGAAUCAGACUCCACAGGCUCCUGCAGAGACUGCGGCAGAGGAAUAUUUUGUGCCUGUCAGCAGGAAAAAGUCGAAGAAGGACAAGAAAAAGAAAUCGCUUCCUUCCUGGACGGAACCGCAGGCACAAAGAGACGAUGGGUUUACGGAGAAUGUUGCACCUGCCCACGGUCAAGAAGAGGGCGCUCGCGAACUUCAGGAUGUGCAAGAGCCUCAAUGGGACACAACCUCUCAUCAAAUUCAGGAUUUUGCAGCUUCCGCCGAUAGCCAAGUGAUGUCCUUGAACCUUGGGAUCCAGCUUGGUCAAGCAGCCUCGGGUGUCAAUGUGUCCUCGGCCGUGGAAGCAAGCGACCCAGCACGUGCUCCAACAGGAAUGGUCGGCUCUUCAGAUCAGCCGAGAGAAGAUGCUGCAAAGCUUGCCGCAAAUCCUUUGACGGCGGACAGCAUGAGAGUCUACGACGCAUUCAAUACGCCUAUGGAACCGCAUGACAUUCUAGGACCAGGAGAAUUUGCAAGCAAUAGGGCGGCCAAGAAGGAACGACGACAGUUCGAGUACAAUGGGGCCGAAGCGCGGCUGUCCGAGAAGGAACGGAGGCAAUUCGAGUUCAAUGGAAAUGCAGAGCCUCAACUGCGCCCUAGUACGCCCGGAACCUCACGAUCCCCAGAGGAUACAAUGGAUAGGCCGAUUCCCCAGGAUCUCAUGGACAACCACCAUCGACAAGCGCAUUCUCCACGGAUUAGUCGACCACAAGAAGACGAGGAAUUGAUGUCCGAUGUUAGUGCAAGUACGCGAGAAAGACGAAAGAGAAGAAGAUCUCCGCCUGCCUGGUCUGGGGAAGAGCCUGAUGAUCUUCCGACCAGUCGAGCUCUCACUCCGCCUCCAGAUCACGACGAUAUAAUGGACACUGCCCUUGUAGUCGCUGCUGGUCUAGGUAUUGGAGAUAUCGAACGUGAACCUACCCAGGAGAACCCUACCAAAUCAACAUCGCCAGCUCGACAACCUUCUGCAGGAUGGUCUUUUGCUCAACUUGGAGCCGAUCAUGACAAUCGAGACAGUGGUAUUCAGCUUGAAUCGCCAAUGCUUGCCCAGGGCCAGAUCUCGUCCACCAGGGACAGUGGCUUUGUCCAGAGUCCUUCCGACGGGACCAGAGAGAUCGAUACGGCCAUGGAUGUAUCACUGCGUCCUCCGCGACCGCAAUCACCCACAAGCUCGACCGAAGAUGUUUCGCAGACGGCGACAAGAAGGAUCCACAAGGGAGAGAAGGGCGUUUUAGAAACACCGAGAAGAAAGCCAUCGCCUGUCGAGUCAACUUCAAAGGAUCGAUCUUCCAUUUUGUUCUCUUCGCCAGCCAUGCCAACACCUCUCGACACCAAGGCCCGGGAGAGAAGUCCUGCGCCUGUGUCAAGUCCUCUGCGACGAAGUCCCAGCAUUCAUGGCCAUCACCUUAGCCGCGAAGAGUUAAGGCAGAAAGCCAAGUCAGCUCAUGCUCUCGAGCCGAGCGAUGAACUGGCUUCCAAUCUCAUCGACCGUGCCGCCGCAGCUGAAGUUACUCUGGCACCAUUUGAGGCUCCUCGCGACCAUCCUUUCUCACCAAGGAGCUCACUCAACACCAUCCGUGAGGAGAAUGUUGAAGCAAAUUCGCAAAGCGGGAAGCCGCAUCCGUUCUCCGGAUCGCCAGUCUCUCUGAUACCGCACGAAUAUCCCGAGAAACCCGAAUUCGACGGCACACCUGUGAUGGCGGCCGCUGGCGCAGCUGGACUUGCUGCAGCAGCACUUUCGAGACCGCCACGUGAUCUGGGACCGGCUAGAUCGCUUGGCACCAGCAAAUCACGGACUUCGUCGCUGCGCAACCUCCGCGGCAACUCUGAUCAACAAGACCGCUCUGUGUACAGUCCAUCACCCAACUUGGUGCAUGAGCAGGAGUUGGACAAGUCUGCCACCCGCGACAGGGAUAUGGCGGACAUCUAUGAUGGCUAUUGCUCCUAUCCCGGCAGCCCCAAGUCCCCCACACGGCCACCCAGCGUCCGGCGCCGACAAAGCAUGCAACAGAUCAAGGACCUUGAGACAAGGCUGGAUCAGCUGGCCAGUGAGAACCGUGCUCUGGCCGAGGCGAAAAUGAUGGCGGAGCAAUCCCUCGAACACGCCAAUUUCGAACGCAACCGAGCCGAAAACUCCAUUGAUUCGUUGAAGAAUACCGCGGUACAGGUGCAAGAGCGGGAUGCAGACAUUGCACGACUGAAGCAGGAGAUCGCUUCUUUGACGGCAACACACGAGACAUUGAAAAGAGAACACGAACACAAUCUGGCCCAGCUGCAGCAAGAACAUGAGCAUGCACAGUCACAAUGGCAAGAAUCUUCUCGAGAGCUGGAAACUCUUCGAUCGCGUCAUGCAGAGUUGUCCAGCGGAAUGGAAUCGAUCGUCAGACACGAGAUCGAUACAGGGCUUGCCGAGAAGGAUGCCGAAGUACUCAGACUGCGCGCAGAUCUCGAAGAGGCGAGACAGAAGAUUCGGCAUUUGCAGUCAGAGAUACUCAAGAGAGGUGCAGACGAUGUGGUUGCCUUCCGUGAUGAGGAUUACUUCGAUGCAGCAUGUCAAAAGUUAUGCCAACAGGUGCAAGGAUGGGUGCUGCGAUUCUCCAAAUACAAUGAUCUGAAAAUGUGCCGGGCCACAAACGAGGUUCGUGAUGAGAAGAUUGUUGACCGGUUUGACAAUGCAAUUCUGGAUGGGUCAGACGUGGACACGUACCUAGCCGACCGUGUCACACGACGAGAUGUUUUCAUGUCGGUUGUGAUGACCAUGAUCUGGGAAUAUGUCUUCACCAGAUAUCUCUUCGGAAUGGACCGAGAACAGCGACAGAAGUUGAAGCAGCUGGAGAAGAAUCUGGGUGAAGUCGGCCCAGCAAGUGCCGUGCAUCAGUGGAGAGCUCUGACACUUACGUUGCUCUCGAAACGCGAGAGUUUCAAGGCACAGCGCGAGAGCGACACGGAGGCUGUGGCCAUUGAAAUCUUCAACACCUUGUCUCGGUUCCUACCUCCACCACAGAACCUGGAACAGCAGAUCGUUGGUUCAUUGCGGAAUGUUAUGCACACAGCGGUGGAGCUCUCAAUUGAGAUGCGCACGCAACGAGCGGAGUAUAUUAUGCUGCCACCAUUGCAACCGGAAUACGACACCAAUGGCGAUCUUGCACGGAAAGUCUAUUUCAACGCGAGUUUGAUGAAUGAGAGAAGUGGUGAAACCACCAGCAACGAAGAGCUGGAGAGGAACCAAGCAGUGGUUCGAAUGGUCCUCUUCCCUCUCGUGGUCAAGAAGGGUGAUGACAAUGGAGUCGGCGACGACGAGAUCGUGGUUUGUCCGGCACAAGUCUUGAUUGCUCGGCCAGACAAGGGGAAAAAGCCCAGGGGCGCAGCGCGGGCUCCCAGUGGUGGGAGCCACAGCGAUCGAAUGAAUGUCGAUGCGAGAAGUCUUCGAGCUGUGAGCACCCAUAGUCUAGGUGCUAUGAGCGGGAUUGACGCCAACGACAACAUGUUCUAAGGGGGGAUCUGUGACUGUUUCUUGCAUGGCGAGGUUGGCGGGAUUAUUUCAGGAAUAGGCUUGCAUAGACCUGGGAUGAAAGUUUAUGGACUGGGCUUGGACGACGUUAUGAAUCUCCUUACGACCUCGAGUUAGCUGCUGUAUAUUAUACCCUUACCUAAGGUACUAUCUGUUGAUG